CACUGGUUCCGAGCAUGUUUCAGUUCAACACAUUGCCUUUCUUAUAAAAAACAACAACAUGCGAUGACGUCAUUUUUAUCGAUUAUUAGUUUCUGACAAAUAUUUUUUAUUUCAAUAAGUACAGCAAGUACGGCUCUAGACAACAUUAAUGACAUACGUUAUAGGGUGUUGAUUGCAAAUAAUAUACAUGCAUUCUAACCGCUCACAAUUAAAAAAAACACGACACGCACGAAGCAGCUUUCGAGCAGCAAACAGGAAAUAACCGCUGCGAUUACUUUAAUCAGUCAGUCUGUAGGAUUUGUCGCAAUUGAUUGAGCGAUAUAUAAAACUAAACAUAAUAACUUACAGAUAAAUUAUACUGUUUAGUGCAGGCAACUACAAGUAAAUAAAUAAAAUACUGCCAUGUUCAUACAUUUCAUUGUUUUGUAUAUUUUGACAUGUUCCCAAUUUUUAUGCAAACUCGACGGUAUAACAAACACCACAUAUACCUCAUUUUGUUAUCACGAUUUUGUUAUUUAAAAAAAACUAUGUUUGGGGAAGUAAGCUGACAAUUCAGCAGCCAAUCAGUCCUUUCCAGUACCAAAAGUUACUCGCUCUUGGUUUUCGGCCCAGUACCCUUUAGCUGGACCCGGACUGCGUGUAUGACGCCACCAGCCACCAUGCGCCGCGAUCCCAGAGAGAGAGCCCACAGAAACCGGACGCACAUAGCGGGACCGCGGCACGGGGCGCUGUUGAUCAGAGAUUGACGCUGCAACGCCGGAUGAUCAAGCUUGCCCGGACGCGAAUGUAAAGCGCAGUGACAACAUCGACCGGAUCGCCCCAAGUCUGCACAUGCGCAGUGACAACAUCGACCGGAUCGCCCCAAGUCUGCACAUGCGCAGUGACAACAUCGACCGGAUCGCCCCAAGUCUUCACAUGCGCAGUGACAACAUCGACCGGAUCGCCCCAAGUCUUCACAUGCGCAGUGACAACAUCAACCGGAUCGCAACAAGUCUGCACUCGCGCAGUGACAACAUCGACCGGGUCGCCCAAAGUCUGCACAUGCGUAGUGACAACAUUGACCGGAUCGCCCCAAGUCUGCACAUGCGCAGUGACAACAUUGACCGGAUCGCCCCAAGUCUGCACAUGCGCAGUGACACAAACACCAUCCAGUCGGCCGAACGCCGCAGUUUUCAGUUUCCGGAACAACGAAAACGUGUCCCACUCGGGGGUGCUGUACCUAAUACAGACUUAACUCGACGUUUCCGUACGAAGUAUCCAGUUCGAUCCCCUCGAUAUCCGGUCGGCGCGACCCGGGGUUCACUCCCGCUGGGUCGUCGAAUUUGUACUACAGCGGAUAUGGCAAAAGCUAUACAGUCGGGGCUUCAAGUGGGCACGGACCGGCUGGUGUUCUACCCGCAUGAUGACGUCACUAGACGCGAAACCGCGGCCUAUAGAAACUACAUGGAGGUUGUUAACGCUCAUGCAGUGAUAGCGGCGUCUGCUGAUAACGCAGUUCACAGGAAACUUAAAAACGGAGUUUCCAGCGGUCGACGUCACUCACGACCUUGAAGAUACUAUAAAGAUAUGAAAUAAUUGGACUUUUUGAAACUAUGUCAUCAUGCUAAUUUGUGUCGUUUGGUAUAUGUGCCAUAGCAUGUACCAAUAAUGACUCGAUUUUUUGAGUCAGGUUAUGAUUCAAAAGGGAUAAUUUCAUUACCGCCAUUUUAAUUCAACCAUCCACAUACAUUAAGGCACAUAUACGCUUCCUUUUUUUGUUUCAGUUUUUGUUUGUUUUGAAUACUGUGAAUAUAAUACAUGUAUUGACAAUAAUAACUUCUAACUUAUUGAUUCAUUUCCCACUUAAAACACAAAAU